CCAAAAUGGCGCCCGUGGUUUUUCUGUCAGAAGGGGGUUAGCAUGAAACCAGGCCGAUUAAAGCUCAUUAUACCCGAUUUGUUUUUUUUUGGAAGGAUUAAUUACAAUUAUCUGUCAGAAGAGUCGCCGUGAAGUCUGUGGAGACUCGUUUAGAUGUGCUGAGGCCAUGGCGGGACGCAGAGUCGAGUGCUUGUGGAAACGACAUGUCGUAGAGCAGCUGAAGCAGAGAGAUCGAGUUCAGCGACAGGCCUUCGAGGAGAUCAUACACCAGUAUAACCGACUUUUGGAGAGGUCUGAUCUUCAGGCGGUUUUCUCUGAACGUCUCCAGACGGACAAAUAUGAACAGCAGAACAGACACGACCUCAGUCCGGGCGUUGAAGGCGGUCGAUGUGAUUCUCUGCAGCAGGAGAUGGCUCAGAUGAAAAUCAAACAUCAGGAGGAACUGACGGACCUACACAAGAAACGAGGAGAGUUGGCCCAGAGUGUCAUUGAACUAAAUAACCAGAUUCAGCACAAAGACAAAGAGAUUCAGAGAAAUGAAGCCAAGAUGCUGGAAUACCAGCAGGAAAUCUCGCAUUUGGAAGGAGAGUGUAACGAGUUGCGGAACUCUCUCGCCGACUUGGAACGAGCCAAUCAGACGCUGAAGGACGAAUACGGCCUGCAGAUCACAUUCAACGCGCUGGAGGAGAAACUGCGGAAAACAACAGAUGACAAUCAGGAGCUGGUGACGCGCUGGAUGGCGGAGAAAGCUCAGGAGGCCAAUAAACUCAACGCUGAGAACGAGAAGGACACCAGACGCAGACAGGCCAAACUUCAGAAGGAAUUAGCGGACGCUGCCAAGGAGCCUCUUCCUAUAGAGCCGGAUGAUGACAUCGAGGUUCUCUCAGAGGAUGCUGGGAAGGGAACAGGCGAAACAUCGCCGAGUAGACAGCCCAGUCGCACACCCACUAAACGGACGUCUCAGCCGCUUCCUCCUGCAGGGCUGCUGGACUCCAUCACUAAUAUCUUUGGCCUGUCUGAUUCUGUCCACUCUGGUUUCAUCCCGUCUGAGUCCAGAAGACGGCGUUCUGUGAAUUCAUUCGGGACAUCUCCUGAGGCCGCCGAAUCACCGUCGAUGAGCACAGAGGUCCGCGUGCCCUCCACCGCGCUGCACAUCUUUGAUGCUCAUGAUGGUGAAGUGAACGCUGUGAGGUUUAGUCCCGGAUCUCGUAUGCUCGCCACAGGGGGAAUGGAUCGCAGAGUCAAACUCUGGGAGGUCAUAUCAGGGCACUGUGAACCCAAAGGAGCUCUGACCGGAAGCAACGCGGGGAUCACCAGUAUAGAGUUUGACAGCGGGGGUUCGUAUCUUCUGGCUGCAUCAAAUGAUUUUGCUAGUAGAAUCUGGACUGUAGAUGACCUCAGACUGCGGCACACGCUCACGGGUCACAGCGGGAAGGUUCUGUCUGCUCGUUUUCUUCUCGACAACGCUCGGAUCGUCUCCGGCAGCUACGACCGGACGCUGAAGCUUUGGGACUUACGCAGUAAAGUCUGUAUGAAGACGGUGUUUGCAGGAUCCAGCUGCAAUGACAUCGUCUGUACAGAGCAGUGUGUGAUGAGCGGACAUUUCGAUAAGAAAGUUCGUUUCUGGGACAUAAGGUCGGAGAGCAUCGUGCGUGAGCUGGAGCUGCUGGGCCGCGUGACGUCUUUAGACCUGAAUCAAGAUCGCACAGAGCUUCUUGCCUGUUCCCGAGAUGACCUGGUGAAAAUAAUUGACCUGCGCAGUAACGCAGUGCGACAAACGUUUAGUGCUCAAGGUUUUAAGUGUGGAUCUGACUUUACCAGAGUAACCUUCAGUCCUGAUGGCAGUUAUGUGGCAGCCGGUUCUGCAGACGGAGUUCUGUACAUUUGGAACGUUCUCACAGGAAAACUAGACAAAACUCUUGAUAAAGGUCACAGUUCUGCCAUCAAUUCAGUGUCCUGGUCUCCGUCGGGCGCAUACGUGGCCAGCGUUGAGAAAGGCAGCAAGGCUGUGCUUUGGUCUGAUAUGUGAUUGGCUGGUCUCUUUCCUGCCUUUGCUUUGAUUGGUUGAACACUGAUUAAAGACUUUGCAAAGACUGAGACAAUGUAAUGUCCCCUCACCUCCCACCGGCUUCUUAAACUACAAUUCCCAUACAAAUGGACACCAAUGUACACAAUGUUUAACAAUAUUUAUAUAGGUUGGUGAUCACACACAUACUCAGUGUGAGGCACAGAAUGUUUUGUUUAUUAUUUUAACACCGCUUUAAAUGGGUAUGUGUGUGUGUUUCUGUGUGCAUGUUUUCUGUAUGUGUCAAUGCUUUGCCUUACAGAUACAGGCCACUGAGGUCCCCGUGUGCAAGUGUGUGUGUGUUCGUGAGCAUGUGUGUGUGUUCACUCUAAUGGACCUUAACUAGUGGAUGCUGUUCAUUCUGCAGUUCCAGAGGUAUUUCAUAGAGAGCGCUGUUUACCAAAAUAUUAUCUACAUCUCAUUGGUGGAAUGUGCUGGACAUGUGCUUUUCCCUAAUUAAGUCUCGAAUUAAACAUGUAAAUAAAAAGCCAGCCUAGCCAUAGCUAUAUUUAACACAUUUUUCUUCAUGGUGAAUCUUAUGAGGAAAUAUCAGAAAUUGCAUGAAGAAAAUAAAGCCUUUUUUAGUACCAAUAAGAAAAAAAACUAUAUAUAAUUAAUAUGAUGAAGACUUUGAUCAUUUGAAUGUAAAAAGUUUUUUGUUUACUGUAAUACAGUAAAAAAUUGUUCUGUUGAAAAUAAUUCAAGUUACAGAAACAUCACUUCAAUAAGAAUUUGGGGUAAAAUGUGCUAGAUAUUAAAGAAUCACAAUGCAUGAAAUGUUAAUGAUCUUAAAAUUGGCUUUAUACCUUAAAUGUUUAAUUAAAAGUAAAUAUAUACACCCAAUGGCUUGACAUUCACCUAAACCCUGAUUGGCUACAGAAUGAUCAGCUUCUGUAUUUUGUUCAGCGAGCGAGUGUGAUGAACGGGUUAUGUGUGUGUUUUAAGGAAGAUAAUGAUACUCUGAUUUUAUUUGAUCUCUGCCUCAUGUAACACACAGCUCAUAUCCAUCAAAGUAUGUAUCCUUUAAGCAUGACGUGUUCCUCAAACAUCACUUUCAAAAAUUCUGCCAAAUGUUUUCCGGUGGAAAGACUUUCACUUGUUAUUUCAAACUAGCGAAUUUUGCACUUGGUUAAAACGGCAAAAACUGGACUGCACCUCCAUGCGGCCGGUGAUAGCAGCGAUCUCCUCUAACACUAUACUUGAUGUUCCUGUGGCUGUCGUUUUCAUAUGCUUGUCAAGUCACUAAACAAGUGCACUUGAUUUCAGACGGUGGGCGGAGGGGACAGCACUCUUUAAGGAUUACUGUAAUGCUUCAUGUGAACGUGGCUUGAGUUUUAGCCCCACCCUCUCUGACCUCUUGGAGCGGGUACUGUAUUCUAUUGGCUGAACGGAAUGUGGCUAAUGUAUAUCAAGGUUUCUGUAUAUGUUUGCUUCAAUGUUUGCACAUCAUUAAACGUGUGAAAC